AUGUUUAAAAAAGUUAAAAAUUACUUCAAAUCUCUUAGAAUGAGUAAUUAGAUCACUCUUAUUAACUUUUGUAUCGUCACUUUCACUGUGCUGGUGAUAUUAGCUACGUAUUAGGUUCAAUCAGCAAUCUUUUUCACUUUUAUUCAAUCAUUUUCUCAAACCUUAUCGCAGAAACAAGAGUAACAUCUAGUUUAAAUAAUCUCUGAUCAACUUAGAUAAUAUAUAGAGCACAAAAAUUAUCAAACUUUAUCAAAUUUAUAGCAUUCAAAUGAUUUCUUUUAAUAUGUUAUUCAGUCGAAAAGUCGAUAUAAGGUGAUUAAUAGUUAAUUUUAAGAAUGCAUUGAAUAAACUUAAAUCAAAGAAUACAAAGUAAUCUAUAAUUCAGAUAUUAUAUGCCAAGGAUUUGAAAUUGUAACAUCUCAUGAUGAAGAACAAGAUUUUAAUGAUACUUUGACUUUGCUGAGUCCAUUUACUUAAUAAUUUAUUACUAGUGAGGACUCAAAAAUGUCAUUUUUUGAUUUACCAAAGGCCUAAUUCUUUGCUUCUUUCCCUAAUUAAUUCAAAUAUAAGAAUUAUAAUUUAAACACCCGACCUUGGUAAUUAAUCAAAUAACCUGAUAGGUAUGUCAAUCAUAUGGCUUAAUCCAAAAUUCAUCCCAAUUCUAGCUAUUUUUAUUCGCCCAUAUUACUAUCUGCUCGUAAUAACCUACCUUAUUCAGCUUUGACUUAUUCUCUAAUUAGAAAUAACUCAAUGUUUGGAAUAGUUUUAUAACUGCUACCGAUAUCAGACACUAAUAUUUAAAAUGUUCCAUUAAAUAUCUUAUUAGUUCACUAAAAUGGCGAUGUUAUUUUAAGUACAAUGGAUACAUUCCAUUAAAUCACAGGAUUAGUAAGAAUUACGAAUACUACAUACACUGGAUUUAAUGAAUCAGAUUGGUAAACCAUUUAAGAAAAUUCUAAAAUUAAUGAAAAUGUAAAUAACACAUUUUAUUUGUUGAACAAAAUAUAUUAAAGAUCAGUAUUCGUUUAUACAUAUCAAUUUUAUAAAGAGAAUUUAACCAUGAUCGUCUUUAAAAAUGUCACAUAUGAAUAAGAAAUUUCAGAUGAGAUCAAUAUACUAAUCAAUAAUUUGGAGGCAGAAUUGUUUCAGUAAAUAUAGAUUUAGAUGGCUUGCUGUGCAUUUUUGAUUCUUCUAACUGCCAGUUUGAUAAGGUGUAUAUCAUCACCAUUGUUAGAACUAAUAAAAGUGAUAAAUGAGCAUGUGAUAAAAAUGGGGAAUAAUUUAAAUUCAGAAAUCUUUAAAAUGGCUUUUAAAACAUAAACAAAAAAAAAUGCGGACUUAUUUUCAUCUUUGGCAUGUCAGUUUAUGGCAUUAAAAGACCUAUAAACUAAAAGCUCCUAAAGAAAAAGUAAUCUCUGUUAAGAAAUGGAGUCAAUAUAAUAUAGUUUCAAAUUUUAGGAGACUGAUAGCAGCAAAAUUUAAGAAUCAUUACAAUACCUUCCUUAGAAUGAAUCAAAAAUUCUUAAUUAAUAAUAAUUUUUCCAAUUUGAUUCCUAAAAGUUAUUUAGUUUCAAAUAAAUAAAUAGAAUAAACUUUAGAUCACAUUAAAAUGAAGAAAUCACUCUAGGCGAAGAUUUAGUUAAAAAUGAAUCAGUCAAUAGAAGAUUGCACUUAAUUACGAAUUUGCUUUAAAAAAUAUACAAAUAAAACAAACCAAAUUGA